CAGAGGGAGAUGAACCAGGCACAAACUCUGCUGCUUGACGGUCUCGUCAAGACAAAGCAUGUAGCCAAUGCUGCCCUUAUCAGAAUAUCCGACAUGGCUGUGAUGACAGCAACUCCAGGCUUUAAUAUUCAGAGCUGGGCCUCAGUCUUUGUCCAAGCCUUCUACAACAACCCGGCCCAAAUCCGAAAGGAAGGGCAGUACUUUAAAGACCGUUUUUAUAAAUGCUUCCGAGCAGAUGGCAACUCCAUCUAUCUUAAAGCAAAAGAAGAGGGAGUGAUACUAGUUAAAACAGGAACCUUCGUCCUGGUCGGAACCUAUUGCCAAGGCAUGUACCCCAGCGUCUGUGUCGAAGCGAUGGAGAAACUAGCAGACUACCUGAGAGCAAAGGGGAACUGAAGAAAGGAAGGAGGAAAAGAGCAAGAGAACUUUCUACCCAAAAUUCUUGCUUGGCACAACCAGGAAAAGAAAUGUCCCUUUUUGAACAGCACACUGUGUUCCCUGCAGGUCAAUCUCAAUGGACAUGUCCCUUUGGAGGCACACAAGAUAAUACCCAGCACCAUCAUUAAACACUUUCAAAGUACAGGCAAGCAUAUUGUUGUGGAACUGAAUUAUUAUAAGCUUAUUUCCAGAGAAGGAUAUGGCAGGCAAGCAUAGACAGAGACCGGGACCAUCUCCUUGCUAUUUACCUGAGUUGAGAGGAAACCAGCCGAAAUUGGCCGAGCUAUUGCAACCACAACUGGUAAGGUUCAGCAUUGUCGAGGGAGAGGACCAUCGGAUUGCCACGUCAAAGGGCCAGUGGGCCUCCAUGGGGAAUUUCCUGUUAGAACAAGCUCUGCCAUUGGACAGACUAAGGCAGCAGACUAAAAAGGCAGCAAAUCAUAGUUUUCUUGGUUUUACUCUCAAGAAGAAGCCAUUUUUGGAUUUUGGCUUGCCUCAGUUACAACUUGGAUUGCCUGGGGCCCCCUGCACCUGAACCUACGGUAGAUCCUAGAAAGACCUGCAUUUACUGCCAGACAUAAAUAAUGUUUUCCAUCAGAUCUUGGGUGCACAUCGUCUUUGCGUUGGCUAGUAAUAAACAGGGCAGCUUUUUUCAAGCUGAGGGCUACACCCGACCACAGACUGGCAUGCCAGAGUUGUGCCAUUUUGAAAGCAGACAAUUUCAUGCCAUUUUGAAAGCAGACAGACCUGAGACAAAGGAGUGGCCCUGCAGUUUGCUGGAAAAGGGACAAAUUUCUUUUGCUAUAAAUCUUAACUCCCCACCACCACCACCACAAGGCUGACAAAGUUAGGCCAAGGACUGCAGGUUGAUUACCUCUAAUAUGGAAACUUGGAGAGAAAGCCUGGGAUGCAACUUAGAAUAAUACAAGCUUUUCUUCCUGAAGAACUCAGAGCUGUUUAUAAGAAAGUAAAAACCAUUUAAAAUAAACCCAUGCAAACUAAAACCAACAAUUCUAAAAAGAUAACAAAAAUACAGAGAUUAAAAUAAAAUUCACUGAAAACAAA